ACCAUCACUGUCUCGACUCGUUACCGCAACGCUCUAUAGACAAAAUCUCAACAACUUUCCAUAGCCUCGUCUUUCUAUCCUUUCUCUUCACUCUCAUCACUUUAAUAUGUCCAAUGGAACUGUAAACGGUACCGGAUUGGAGAACCAGUUUGCCUCUCUCGGUAUCAAUGGUACAAAAUCAGCUUAUGUCCCUCCUCACAUGAGGAGUACGCAGCGGGCUGCCUCUAGCCCCGUGGUUCCUGUGAGCAAUGGGAACGGCUGGAACGACUCCCGCUCUUCCACUCCUUCCCUCCGCGGGGGCUUCAAGAGUGAACCUAGGGAUGGUGGUGGUUUAGGUGGUGCGGGCAGAAGCUUCUCCACUUAUGGUGGCCGCGGUGGUGGCCCCGGAGGUGACCGUUGGGGAGGUGACCGCCCCCAGUCGAACGGAUGGCAAGGCAAUGGCGGAGCCCCUCGUGGCGGCGAUGGUCCUCGCGAGUCCUUCGGCUACGGCGCAUGGAGGGACGGCAAGCACGUUCCCGGCGGUCGCAACAUGCGGAUGGAGAAAGAACUUUUCGGCGAAGAGAAUGACCCGUCGAAGCAACAUACGGGGAUCAACUUCGAGAAGUACGAUGACAUCCCUGUGGAGGCCACUGGUGCUGGUGUGCCGGACCCUGUGAACGCAUUUACAAACCCCCCUUUGGAUCCGGUCCUCCUCGAGAACAUUGGUUACGCUCGCUACACCACUCCCACUCCCGUACAAAAGUAUUCGAUCCCUAUCGUUGCUGCAGGCAGAGACUUGAUGGCAUGUGCUCAGACGGGUUCUGGAAAAACAGGUGGAUUCCUGUUCCCUAUCCUUUCCGCAUCCUUCACCAAUGGCCCUCGCUCUGCUCCUGCCGAACAAACUCCUCCUGUUGGCUAUGGCCGCAGCCGCAAGGCAUAUCCCACGGCGCUCAUCCUCGCUCCCACGCGCGAGUUGGUCAGCCAGAUCCACGAAGAGGCCCGCAAGUUCUGCUACCGCUCGUGGGUCCGCCCUGCCGUUGUGUACGGUGGUGCCGAUAUCAAUCAGCAGCUGCGGCAGAUCGAGCGGGGAUGCGAUCUGUUGAGUGCGACCCCCGGUCGUCUCGUGGAUCUGAUCGAACGCGGGCGCAUCAGCCUUGCCAACAUCCGCUACCUUGUCCUCGAUGAGGCCGAUCGUAUGCUCGACAUGGGUUUCGAGCCGCAAAUUCGCAGGAUUGUUCAGGGCGAAGACAUGCCGGGGGUCCACGAGCGUCAGACGCUCAUGUUCUCCGCGACAUUCCCUCGGGACAUCCAGAUGCUCGCGCGCGACUUCAUGAAGGACUACGUCUUCCUCUCUGUCGGUCGUGUUGGUUCGACCUCGGAGAACAUCACUCAGAGGAUCGAGUACGUCGAAGACAAUGACAAGCGCUCAGUUCUUUUGGACGUCCUCCAGGCCCAUGGCACGGGUCUCACCCUUGUGUUCGUGGAGACUAAGCGCAUGGCCGACAUGCUUUCCGACUUCCUUCUGGGGAACAACCUUCCCGCGACCUCCAUCCAUGGUGAUCGUACGCAGCGCGAGCGCGAGACGGCCCUCCAGACGUUCCGGACCGGUCGCACGCCCAUUCUAGUGGCUACUGCCGUCGCCGCUCGUGGUCUCGAUAUCCCCAACGUCACGCACGUCAUCAACUACGACUUGCCAUCUGAUAUCGACGACUAUGUUCACCGUAUCGGUCGUACCGGCCGUGCUGGUAACGUCGGUGUCGCCACAGCAUUCUUCAACCGAGGCAACCGCAAUAUUGUUCGUGACCUGCUUGAGCUACUUCGUGAGGCUAAUCAGGAGAUUCCUGGCUGGCUUGACACUGUCGCUCAAGAGAACUCCUUCGGCGGCUCUUUCCGUGGCCGUGGUGGUCGUGGUGGUGGCCGUGGCCGUGGAGGGGCCAACCGCGAUGCUCGCCAGGGCGGCGGAGGUGGCUAUGGCGGUAAUCGCGGUGGAGGCUAUGGCGGCGGCGGAAGCUUCGGUGGUCCGCAAUAUGGUGGCGGAGGCUACGGCGGAGGUGGUGGAGGCGGCAGCUGGUGGUAGACGCCAUCUCAGCCGGCGGCUGCCCCAAGGCCACUUGCGGACACGAAGACCGUCCUCUUCUUCAUUUUAUGAUCUCGUCCUCGUCUCAACUUCCGACAUAUGCCCAUACUUUCCCUCACCCAUGCAACGACUCCGCCUCGAUUCCCUUCCGUCGACCCGCUCAAACUAUCAGUACUCCACUCCUGAUCCCAGUUCUGAUCCAUGACAUGCGCUGCUCUCACACCUAUUCACGCUCUCACCAGUCUCGUUGCAACUCAUCUGCUCAUCGACUAUCGUACGGCCCUACUAAUUUGGUCUGUUUCAAUACUCCCAGGCGCCGCCCGCCAUAUCAUUAUUGCACCAUUACACAUCUCAUCCCCAUAGAUGUUUCGGGGCCUGUUACACCAGCAUGAGCAGAGAACCUAAUGUCUACCUUCGUUUCGCGAUACCCUGAUUUAUUGCGACACGCAGUCGGACAUUUACUAUAUCCUAGCAUCACGAGACAAUCUGUUAGAGCAUCGCACAUCUUGUACCGUAGUCUAGCAUCUUCUAUAUCGAGGCAUACACUGGUCGUUGUGAAUACAUGGGUUUAUGAACG